GCUCCCAAUUUGAACUCCCCCAAAAAUUUUCUAAAAAACAACAGCAAAACAUAUCAAAGCCCUAGUUUCCAGUUUCAGACCAGUGGUUUCCAACUCUUCGACCACCAUCGUUCCCCCGCCCCCCGGUUGCCUCUCUCACCUUUGUCAGAUUAUACAAUGAAGUCCCUAAAUACGACAAAGGAAGAAUAAUAGGAGUCCGUGACCGAGUCAAUGAGAUCUUCUUCGAGGGUUUGUAGAAACUACGGUCAGAAGAUGGCUGUUGAAUAUUUAGAGCUCUUAAUGCUGCUAAAUUAGAUAAGCUAGAUUUGCAUGAUGAACACCACCUUGAUAACCUUGUGGUCUAGAGCAGGUAACCUUAUGAGUCUAGAGUAGGUGAUGGCUUCAAUAAUGCAAUAGAGAAAUUGAAACUUGUAUUGAGUUUUCUGCAGCUAACCUUGUGCAGAUAUAUCGAGGCGUUAAACUGGCCACUGGGGUCUGGGGAUACGAGUUUGAUAUAAGUUGCAUGGGUGACGAUGCCACAGCUAAGAAGUGGAGCAAGGAGAUCAAAACGGUUAGUUAAUCUCCAGCCUGCUACUCAUCCAAUUGACCAAACGGAAAACGUCACCGCACCAACGAGAACCAGAAGGAAGACGGGUGGUGGAAGGGGACGAGGUGAUGCUGCAGGUGUAAGAAAAGGGCUCGUGGCGGCAACGAUAGGUAGAACAGUGGCUGGCGGUAGAGGCAGAGGUGUUAGAUUGAUUGAUUUGGACCUGGAACCACUGUGUGAAGUUGUUCCUGAACUUGUAGCUCGUGGAGUUGGUGAGCCUGUGUUUAAUAGAAUCGACGAGGUUGCAGAUAAAGAUAUAGCAAUGGACGGUGGAAGUGGUGAUAAAGUUAUCGGAGUUGAAGAAGAUGGAAACACACCUGCCGUGCCUGAAAGGGUACAAGUAGGUAACUCUCCUAUAUAUAAGACCGAUAGAAAGUUGGGUAAGGGUGGUUUAGGACAAGUUUAUGUUGGUCGGAGGGUAAGCAGCGGAACCGAAAGAACAGGGCCCGAUGCAUUUGAGGUAGCAUUAAAGUUUGAGCAUCGUAGUAGUAAGGGUUGCAACUAUGGUCCUCCGUACGAGUGGCAAGUUUACAGUUCGUUGAAUGGUUGUUACUGGGUUCCGUGGGUUCACUACAAGGGACAGCAAGGCGAUUUUUACAUUCUGUGACUUCCCUUGACCAAAUGUACAGUUCUAGUAUGAAGUUUCUCCAGGAGCUGGCCCAAAUGCACACCAGGACUCUUCUACUAGUCGUACAAUUCUGGGAUGAGCUUUGUAAAAAGAAGCACCCAAAUGAGGCAGUCUUAGAGGGCUAAUAUGAUCCGCAUGCACCUGCAAAAUAUAUAUGUGCCACAACAACCCUCGACUCCCAGCUAAUGGGACAUGAGAAAGCACACGGCUUCGCCCAUCAAUGUUGUGGAGUGGUGUUAGGCCUUCUAGAUCUGGUUUACACAAUUCCAAAGCUGUCACCACAUGUACACUAAUUCUUGGCAUGCUUACAAGUGUUGUAUUAGGUUUAUAUUUUGCUCUACGUUCUGGUUCUUCAACACCCCUCCAUCUUAUUCGAGAACAGGCGAGCGAUUACCAUUUCUAGAAUCGGAGGAACUAGAAUCGGGCAAAGGCAAGAAAGAAGUGGAAGCAAAACAUGUGAGUUAUUCGUACACGUUUUUCCAUAUGAUAUUUGCAAUAGCAAGCAUGUAUUCGGACAUGCUUUUAUUGGGAUGGAGCAGUUCAGAAUGCUCGGAUCUCACUGAUACCGGGUGGCUGGUCAUUGAUUGAAUUGUUCACAAUUUGCAUCUAGUGGCUAGUCGUUGAUUUUGCAUCCAAAUCAUGGAGCAUUCCACAAAGGCAAAACAACUAGAUAUAUAUUUGCAGCACUUUUAAGUCUACAAGCAGUGAGUUAUAUGGAUUUGAAGACAAUAACCAAGAAUUAGUUCUUAGUUUAUGUGUAGAGGCAUUCCCUUUGCAACUUUUGUAGUUAGGUUUUGAGAAGUUUAUGUCUUUCAUAUGUAUUUAAAUUGAAAACUUAUGUAUGGAUUUUGGUUUAUUAUUGUUAAUAUAAUUUGGUUUUUAGGUUUUCUCA